AUGUAUCCUUCUGGAGUGAGGCAAGAUAUUGACGCAUGCCAGGAACGGAAUGGUGCCAUUUAUGCAGUAGAGUGCCGGCCUGCCGAGGAUGGUCGUUUUGCCAUCGUGCAGCACCUCAAUGGACACAGCCAGGAUGUCCUGCCCAAGAAUCUCAGCGCACAUGCAAUCGUGCAAGAGCUUGGUGGAGGUACCAUGGCCAUUAGACCGGAUGGGAAGAUCAUCUUUGCAGAGGACAAGACAGGAGGCAUUUACUUACUUGACCCGGCCACUGCCGACGCAACUUGUGUGCAUCCAGCCGUUGAGGGAAUUCGGUAUGGAGAUUUCUGUAUCCACCCAACAUCUAGCAACUUGAUCAUCGCAAUCAAAGAAGAUCACCGCGAGGCUACUCCAGAGACGCAGGCAACUCACGUCCACAAUACCCUGGUUGCAAUUGAUAUUGAAUCUGGUGCAGAGACUACAAUCGCCAAGGGCGAUGACUUUUACUCGCACCCGAAAUUCGAUUCCCAGGGCAAAUACGUGUCCUGGAUUCAAUGGUCUCAUCCUGAUAUGCCAUGGACUGGAACGGUGUUAUAUUUCGCGGAGUGGGACGGUAGUGCUUUGAAAAACGUUACUCGGAUAGCAGGCGAAGCCCAAAAAGAGAGUAUUGCUCAGCCAAAAUGGGGUUUCGAUGGGAUGCUAUACUUUGCAAGCGACCGCACAGGAUAUUGGCAAUUAUACUCGUUUAAUGUCAAAGACCAUUCCGUAAGGUCUUUCUCAUUUCCAGGCUUGGAGAACUCGGAUUUCGCUAUUGCUGAGUGGAAGCUUGGAAGCUCAACAUACGUGCCACUCGACGAGACGACUAUCGCCGCAGCAGUUAUCACAAAUGCCACCAGCAAAAUCAUGAUCAUCGAUACAUCCGAUUCAUCAGUCCGCGAUCUUGAGCUUCCUUACGUCGACUUUGCACACGUCGCAAGCGGAUUAUAUCGCGUGUCAUCUGAAAGCUUUGCGGUCGUCAGUGCCACAGCAGCCUCACCACAAGAACUUGGCUUAGUCUCAAUCUCCCCCGAAUUCAAAAGGACAGUGCUUGCAUCAACUGCUUCAUUCGUCCUGCCUGCCGACUACGUCUCUACCGCGACGCAUCUGACCGCUCCGCAAAAGUAUGAUCCACUAUGCGAUGGCAACGUGCAUAUGUUCUAUUUCCCUCCUUGUAACCCCGAGUUCGAGGCCGAAAAGAGCACACUACCUCCUCUUCUAGUCUUUGUCCACGGUGGACCCAACGGAACCGUGACCCCAGCACUGAAUCUCGAGAUCCAAUAUUACACCACGCGAGGUUUUGCAGUCUGCGCGGUGAACUACACCGGCUCAACUGGAUUCGGACGCGAAUACCGAGAACGACUUUCCGGUUACUGGGGUAUAGUCGAUACCGCCGACGCCGUGAGCGCAGUAACCUACCUCGUGGAAAAGGGACUGGUCGAAAAAGCCCGCGUGGGGAUUUACGGCGGAAGCGCUGGCGGAUACGUCACUCUCCAGGCUCUGCAUAUGUAUCCGGACGUGUGGGCUGCUGGCGUUAGCUCUUAUGGUAUCAGUGAUGUAAGGGCUUUACAGGCUGAUUCAUAUAAGUUUGAAAGUCAGGAUGUGGACCGUCUCUUGUUGAGCAAGACUGUUGCUGAGGAAAGAGAGAGCGUGCUCACUGAGCGGAGCCCUUGCAAUCAUGCUAAGAAGAUGAAAGCACCUCUGCUUUUGUUGCAGGGGACUACGGAUAUGGUGGUUCCGGUGGCACAGGCGAGGAUUAUGGCUGAUGCUAUGCAUUUGGAGGGACGGGUUGCUGAGGUUGUUGAGUUUGAGGGUGAGGGUCAUGGAUGGGUUGGGCAAAAGGCUGUUUAUGAAUCUCUUCAGCGGAAGGGGGAUUGGUGGGUGCGUUAUUUGACCUAA